CCUCCUCCUUCAGAGUGUUCACCUCAUUCUUUAAUUGCUGUCCUUAACUCAAGCUCAAAAGCUCAGGACCGUCCAAACAAAACACCAUCGCCAAAGACACAGAAGACCAAGUCGCCAUCUCCGAAGACGCCACCACAAGAGGUGGUCAGAUUUUACUUGGUUUUACAGGACAAUGAAGAUGAUUGUACAACUUUAGCAAUUAGUAAACGAACCAAAUGAAUCCAAAUAAUGAUAUCUAGCCAGAAAAUACUUGAUAUUUUUUGUGUGGCAUUAUUGAAUCUGAUCUGAUUGUUGAAUUAAUGAUUAUUUAAAUUUUAUAUUCACUCGAGAUUGAUUUAAUAAAAUGAUUUUGUUUGUUAAAUUUGUUCAUUUCUUUGUUGCUUUAUGCAUUUUAUAUUUCUAAUAAUUUUACUUUUCCUGAAAUUAUAUUUAUUCAAGCAUUAUGCUCCCAUGAUUUUUGCUAGGGAGCCUUAUCUUUUACAUCUCCUCGCGGGUAGUGAGACUAUAACAGCUUUGGAUGCGGCAAAAAGUUUACUUGACUCAGGAUACAAUGAUCCUAAUGAACGAGAACCGACUGAUAAUAUUUCUCCUCUCCAUGUGGCUGCAGCGUGGAAUAAUUUGGCUAUGUGUCAAUUGUUGAUUCACUAUGGAGCUGAUGUAAACGCUCGCGACAUUGAUAAGCGCCGACCAGUGGAUGUGGCUGAUAAACAAUGUAAACAAUUUUUAUUGCGUUUACACAAGAGGAGGAGAACAGAUAAAAGUAAAUUUCGCAAGGUCUUGUCCUAUCUUUUUCGUCGAAUUUGUGCAAGUUCAUCAGCUGCGAAUAAAUCUGUACUUAUUGACAGUCCUAGAAAGGACGUUGCGACGUCAAGAAAAUCUUGUAUAGCUAAUAUUCACACAGACGAUCAAAAGGACAAAAGAAUAAAGUAUCCUACUACCGUCUUUGUAAGACCGAUGCCUUCAGCUCCUAGACGUACAUCUAGCCUAAUAAACGAGGAAUUUCUUACUUCUGACAACACUGACGAUGGGAAAGAGAUCGAAAAUAAAAUAACUGAAAAUGAAAAUAAGCCCCAAGUAAAUAAAAAUGAGUUGAACGAAAAUGAUGAAAAAAUCCAAGAACAAAAAAACAAAGAAGACGAGGAAGAAAUUGAAGAAGGAUUUGAAGUUUUAGAUCCCGCAGAAGAAGCUGCAGUUAAAAAACAAAUGGAGCAAGAAGAAGAGCUUUGUAAACAAUUUUCUGCUUUAAAAUUGGAUGAUUUGAAGGCUAGGCUGCGCUGUAAAAAUUUUAAAACUGGACCAAUGGAUGCACGAAAUAGGAAGGUUUAUGAGGCAAAAUUAGCGAAACUUGAGGUUAGGCCUUCAAAGGAAAAUGGAGAUCGAGUUUCUAUAAGAAAUUACUGCCCUGUACUUCAAAAAUUCAUUUUAAAUGUUGAACGUGCAAAUUCUGCUGAUAAUCAAAAAAUUGGACAAGCGGAGGAACUCCUUUUACGAAAUCACUUUACUCAAUCUACUCCUAAACAAGAAUCUGAAAAUUUAUCAUUUCGUCAAUUUAUCUCCUCGAUUUUUUACGUUGGAAAAGGAAAACGUUCUCGUCCAUUGCAACAUUUAAUUCAUGCAAGUAAAUGCAGAAAUUUUGCCAAAACAAGGCCUACUCAAAGAACAGAAAAAUUAAAACGAAUUUUGCAAUUAUGGGAUCGUGGAGAAGGCGUUAUUUCUAUGCAUUUAUUUCAUAACAUACACUCUGCUGAAGCUUUUAUUCGUGAAGGAGCGAUGAUUGAAGCAAUAGGAACAAAUAAUUUAACAAAUAUUGUUCGCGGCACUUUCCCAGAAAUUGCUUCAAAUUGGACAAGGCAACAAAUAACUGAAUUUGGUUCUCUUCUUUUGCAUAAGGCUUUUGUUAUUUUUUUGAAUGAGCGAUGCCGACCAAUUUUUGAGGCUGAUAUUAAUGAAAUGGAUGGACGUUGGUGA